UGUUCAGUCCCUAAGCCUCCAGGUAAGGUAGAGGUGGAUUCCUUCUGAGGAACCCAAAUCAAUGUGAUAUUUUUUUCAAGAUGGAAAGAGAGGCCCAAGAAAGGCUUUAUGGACCAGGAAAAGACACUGUUUCAGUACAUUCUAGUGGUGCUCGAGAUCUGUUCCAAUGGGCAAUAUCAACACAGGAAGAGGGUUCUCACUGCCUCAAAGGCCAAUGGCAAGAGUAUUUGAAAACAGUCCUACGUCCAAUCUCAGGAUGGGGAGCCUUGCAGUGGCCAGAUCUAACCUUAUGGGAUGAGCUGGCUAGCUUUGACUUUGUGACUGAUGCCUGCCAAUGGUCUCAGGAAGGGAUGAGUCACCUCCUGCCCACUUUUAGGGUUGAAGCCCAGCAGAUCUUAAAUAGUCUGAAUGCCAAAGGGGACCAUAGGAAAAUUAAAACAAUUUGCAUGAGCAACAAUUCAAGUACUACUGAGACCCAGCGGCAGUGCUUCCGCCACUUCCUUUAUCAGGAAGCCGAGGGACCCCAUAAGGUCUGUAGCCGGUUGUGGGAACUCUGCCACCGCUGGUUGGAACCAGAGAGCCGCACGAAGGAACAGAUCCUGGAGCUGCUAAUUCUGGAGCAAUUUCUGAUAGUUUUGCCAAAGGGAAUCCAAAGCCAAGUCCGAGAGCGUGGUCCUGAGACCUGUGCCCCCGCUGUUGCCUUGGCAGAGGGGUUUCUUUUGUGCCAGCAGGAGAAUUUGGAAAGUGAGCCACAGGAGUCUGAUUCAUUUCAAGAGGCAGCUGUGAACCUCUCCAAAGGCCAGCAGGCUGUGUCAGAUGCCAGGCAAAGGCUUCUUGCCAAGGAAGUCAAGAAACAUGAUAAUGGGAAAGCAAGCUUGUUAGGUAAACCUUUAAUUUGCAAGUGGUGAUAGUCUUGCUCUAUUCAGCUCAGUUUAAGAUCAUAUGGUCAGGCUUGUGUCUCAUUUAAGAUUGCAGUAUUCUGAAAAGGACUAUGAAAAUGCUGGAAGUGAUGCCAGC